CUACAGGGACCGGGGAUUCGGCGGCGCCGCGGAGAUGGACCGGAAGCGCAUCAAGGAGGCGCUCGAGAAGCCGUCCCCGUCCACCUCCAGGGGCGCGUCCAGGGAGAAGGAGCUGCUCGCCGCCAGCAAGAUAACGACGUCGAUCGGCAAGGUCCCCAAGGUCUCCGAUGGCGAGGAAUUCGAAACUGACAGUGAAGAUUCUGAUGUCAGUGGUUCUGACGGAGAAGACACAUCAUGGAUUUCAUGGUUUUGUAGCUUGCGAGGCAAUGAAUUCUUCUGCGAGAUUGAUGAUGAUUAUAUACAGGAUGAUUUCAAUCUCUGUGGUCUAAGCAAUCAAGUGCCAUAUUAUGAUUAUGCACUUGAUCUCAUCCUAGACAUUGAGUCCUCUAAUGGUGAUGUGUUUACUGAGGAGCAAAAUGAAUUAAUCGAGUCAUCUGCAGAGAUGCUGUAUGGGUUAAUUCAUGCACGUUACAUCUUAACCAGCAAGGGUCUAGCUGCAAUGUUAGAAAAGUUCAAGAACUACGAUUUUGGCAGAUGCCCUAGAGUAUACUGCUGUGGCCAACCCUGUCUUCCAGCAGGGCAAUCUGACAUUCCUAGGUCAAGCACAGUGAAGGUGUUUUGCCCAAAAUGUGAAGAUCUGCACUACCCAAGGUCCAAGUACCAAGGCAACAUUGAUGGAGCAUACUUUGGUACCACAUUUCCUCAUCUCUUCUUGAUGACAUAUCCACACCUGAAGCCACAGAAGCCAUCGCAGCAGUAUGUUCCAAGGGUUUUCGGGUUCAAACUUCACAAGCAAUCGUGACAAACUUUCACCAAUCAGGUUUUUUACCUAGUUUUAGGGAUGGAACACCAUGGCCCGAAAACGUUGUGGCCUGUUGAUUCGUGUGUACUGGGGAGCUCGGAUCUUCCUGUAAACUGCUGAGCAAUUGUAUGUGCUUUCUGGUAUUACUGUUGUGUAAUCCUAGGUUUUUUCCACUUGAUCAAGAUAUGCCCAUUUGCA